GACACUAGGAUUACUAGGGACAAGAAUAAAAGAAAAAAAACAAACAGCUUCAGAAAGUAAAAAUGUUAGCCCUAGUAGUGGCCUUAAUAAAAUUUCAACUAGAAUCAAGUUAGGCCAAAUAAGAGCAAGAUAA